CAGAAUUGAGUCUGUGGUGUUCGACUUCGAUAUUCAACUCGAUUUAAAUUUGAACUCAAAAGUUUUUUAACUCAACCCCAAAAACACUAACUUUAUAAAUAGAAGUUCGCAUGUUUAAGAAUAUUUUCUUCAAAUUUCGGUAUCCUUGCAUUAACGGAAUAAGUAAAAGAUUUUUAAAUCCACGGGAACUGCCAAAUAUGUCUUUAGAAAAAGCCAAGCAAGUGGCUGCAUACCGGGCAGUGGAUGAAUUUGUAAAAGGUCACUGUGUUUUUGGAGUUGGAAGCGGUUCAACUGUUGUAUACGCAGUACAACGACUAGCUGAGAGAGUUGAAACAGAAAACUUAAAGGUAAUCUGUAUACCAACCUCUUUCCAAGCAAAACAAUUAAUUAUAAAAUAUAAUUUAACUCUUGGAGAGUUAGAAACACACCCGAACAUAGAUGUAACAAUAGAUGGGGCGGAUGAAGUAGAUUCGAAUAUGACAUUGAUAAAAGGUGGAGGAGGGUGCUUACUACAAGAAAAAAUUGUUGCAUCCUGCUCAAAGAAGAUGAUUGUAAUAGCAGAUUACACCAAAGAUUCUAAAAAACUUGGUGAUAGAUAUAAAAAAGGAAUUCCUAUUGAAGUUAUUCCUAUGGCUUAUGUUCCUAUUAAAAAUAAGGUGGUUGGAAUGUUUGGUGGUGAGAUAAAGCUACGCAGUGCAAUAGCUAAAGCAGGGCCUGUUGUUACAGACAAUGGAAACUUCAUAUUAGACUGGAUGUUUACAAAUCAAGAUUUAGAUUGGGAAAAAACAAGCAAUAUCAUAAAGUUGAUGCCUGGUGUUGUUGAAAUUGGUUUAUUUGUUAAUAUGUGUGAAAAGGCAUAUUUUGGCCAAGCGGAAGGCACUGUUAUAGAACGAUCUGUUUAGAAAGAUAAAUUUACUAUCUCAAUGUUUUCUACCAUUUUAUAAAUUAUUUAUAUUUUAACUUUUAAAGAAGUAUUUAAUGUAUGUAUAUUUACAUUUAUUAAAUUUGUGGCACAUUUUGUCUGAAUAAAAGGUAUUUCAAGCA